AGGACAGGGGAGGACCUUUUGUUGAUUCCCCUGCUUUCCCUCUCGUAGUUCAGCCGCAGGAGGAGGGGCGACUGCUCCCAGAACCUCUGCUUGGAGUCUGUUAUAUGCAUAUGCAUAUAUUUAAAUUGGAGAGUAAGCAGUAUAAACGGGACGAGGGGUGUGCUUCCCUUCCACUCGCUCUCCUUUCUUCCGUCCCGUAUUUUGCUGCUUCGGUGCGCCCCUAGAAAGGAUCCGCGAUCAGAGACAAUUGCCUGAAUUCAUCAGGAUGCACAGAACUACCAGGAUAAAAAUCACAGAGCUGAACCCUCACUUAAUGUGUGCCUUAUGUGGAGGCUACUUUAUAGAUGACACUAUUGUGGAAUGCUUACAUUCAUUUUGUAAAACCUGCAUUGUCCGCUAUCUGGAAACCAACAAAUACUGCCCAAUGUGUGAUGUACAAGUUCAUAAAACAAGGCCCCUUCUCAGUAUCAGAUCAGAUAAAACUCUACAGGAUAUAGUGUAUAAACUGGUGCCAGGACUCUUCAAAGAUGAAAUGAAGAGGCGACGUGAUUUUUAUGCAGCAUAUCCCCUGGCUGACGUUCCCAAUGGAUCCAAUGAAGACAGGGGUGAAGUUUCAGAACAGGAUAAAGGAAACCUAACAGAUGAUGAAACGGUCAGCUUGUCCAUUGAAUUCUAUGAAGGAAUCAGAGAUGAAAAUAGAGGGACUAUUGAAAAUGGAAACAUAGAAAAAGAUAAGAAGAACAGCAUGAGAUUCCUCCGAUGUCCUGCUGCUAUGACUAUCAUGCACCUGGCUAAGUUUCUCCGGAACAAGAUGGAUGUUCCCCCUAAAUACAAAGUGGAAGUUCUCUAUGAAGAUGAACCUCUAAAAGAAUAUUACACUCUCAUGGACAUAACUUAUAUCUAUCCUUGGCGAAGGAAUGGCCCUCUCCCACUGAAAUAUCGUGUUCAGCCAGCCUGCAAGAGGUUAAAACUGUCUUCUCAACUUCCCAACUCAGAGUGUACCAACACCAGUGGGGCUUCAGAGUGUGAAUCUGUCAGUGACAAAGCUCAUAGCCCAGCCACCUUGCCGGCUACCACCUCCUCCUCAUUGCCAAGUCCUGUCACACCUUCCCAUGGCUCCCCAAGCUCCAAUAUCACCACUAAAAUGCAGAAUUGCAGUUGAAAGCUGAAGGGAUACAGUGCCUUCGACUGGCAUAGCAUCACUAGCCCUUCGUGGAGCAGUUUACAUCAUUAACCACAAUAUGGUUGUCUUGGCGCCUUGUGCUAAGCACUUAGUUGCUGGAAUAAUUGUCUUGAAGCUUCACCUUUUAUUCAUAUGCCCUUUCUUACAUGUGUUCAUAAAGUCUGUUUUCAGAGUACAUCUUUGCUUUGGUUUUAAAUCUUUUCAGUCAUAUAUUUCCCUAUCAAACAUUGUGGGACAGUUUGCACACUAGCAGUUCUUUAUCAAAAAUCUCUUGGUUGUCUACAUGCAUUGGUUCCCAGGACCUGGCUAGAAAUGGGCUAGGGACAAUUCAGAAAGUCCACUACUUCCAUGUGACUUUCCUAAGCAGAUUUGGCUGGCCAAUGUAAUAGGCAAAUGAUUCAUCCAUACAACUCUUUGACCUUUAUUAGAAAAGCAGUUUUAUAAUCCUUACAAUUCUUGUUCUAAGAGCUACAAUACUUGAUAGUGGUUUAAAUUUGUAGA